UGGUCGUGGUGGUGGUGGUGACGGUAGAGAGACGGUUCUUACCGAGGAGCGUUCAGAAUUUCCUUUUUCUUCUCAGGUAUCGGCAUCAGGAAGGAUGGGUUCCAGCUUGACAACUCUUUGGUGUGAGAAGCUUUGGGGUGUCUGUAAAGUGAAGCCGUGCCCCAUAUUGUGAGUUUUGAUUGUGAAGGUAAAUUGGUUCCGGAAGCAGGUGCUAAGGCCAUGCUCCCAGAGAACAAAUGCUCUCCCUUUUCCUUUGAGACCCUCUCACCCACCCAACUCAACAACUCCUGGGAAUGAAUAGGCAUGUGGAGACAGGUUCUCUGGACAAUGGGAAGUCCUGAUUACCCCCUACCCAUGCCAGGACUCCUCAUCCCUGACCCUGCGCUAAUUUUUCCAUAGAACUUAUCUUCUAGCAUAUGUUAUAAUUUACUGAUUUCCCAUAUUUAGUGUCUAUUUUUAUACCAGCCUCCCAGUGGGGUCCCAGCCUCCCUCCCCCACUAGAAGAAAAGCUUCAGGAGGGUAGGAACCUUCAUUUGGUUCACUGCUGUAUUCCAAAUGUCUAAAAUAGUGCCUGGCACACAUUAGAUGCUCAAUAAAUAUUUGUUGAAUGACCAAAUGCUGAAAGGGUGGGAUCAAUGGCAGCCUUUGUUCCCCACGACAGGCCCAGCUUCCUGGCUUGUUACCUGGUUUCUCCUCAAACAAACAGAGAGGGGUGAGGUAUAGCCCAGCGAGCCCGGUGUACAGGCUUUCAUACGGGGCCCAGGCUGGGGCUGUGGGAGUGAGGGGGCAGUGCUCAGCUUGGGGGUUAGUCCCUGGCAAGACCAUGGCCUUCAGGGGGCCUGAACCCUGGGUUCCUGCAUCCCUGCAAUACCAGAGGCUGAAGGCCGAGGAGAAGGAGCUGGAUCUGGAGUUUGAAGUCUUGAGUGUGGGGUUUAAUGAGGAGGGCAGAUAUGCCCUGCGGCUUACAGCUGAGAACCCCCUGCAGGCCGGCUCUGGGGCUGGGGUACUGUUGCAGGUAAAUGAUGGGGACCCCCUCCCUACCUGCUCUGCUGUCACCGAUGUCAUUGAGCAGCAGGAUCCUGGCCAGAACCUCGCCCUUACCGGGAACAAGUUUGUCUUUACUUUGCCCAAAGGGUUCUGCAAGAACGACUGGCAGCACGACGCGCAGCUGCGCGUCGAGGCGCUGCGACUGGGCGGGGCCUCGGGACACCCCGCCCAGCGAGUGGGCGAGGCCAUCUUCCCGGUCUUCCCGCGCCCGGACCAGCCCCGCAUGAACCUGUGGGCGCGGGAGCACGAGGACCUGUACCGCUACUGCGGCAGCCUGGCCCUGCUGCGCGCCAGCGCGGACCCCACGGCCCGCCACUGCGGGGGCCUGACCUACAGCGUGGCCUUCCGCGAGCACCGGGCCCCUCAGCCUCCAGCCCCAAACUGCCCUCCGGGGGCCGGCCAGCCAGGACCCAUGAGCCCAGAGGAGCCCCUGAACACCUCACAGAGUGUGGAAUCUGUCACCAGCCACCUGUCUCCCCCUAAUAAGGAGACCAUCAUGGUCACUAUCCAUGGGGCCACCAACCUACCCACCUGCAAGGAUGGCUCUGAGCCGUGGCCAUACGUGGUAGUGGAAACCACAUCUGAGGAUGUGAAGGACCAGAAUGCCAAGGCAGCCACAUCUGUGACCACAGAGCCCACCAUAGCCCCCAUCUGGGGGGACACGGUCAAAGUGGAGCUCCAAACUGAGGAUGCGGGACAAGAAGAUAUGGUCCUCAAGGUGAUGGACAAUAAAAAUAAAGAGGAGCUAUUGUCCUACCAAAUUCCCAUCAAAUACCUGAGUCUCUUCCACCCCUACCACUUUGAGCUGGUGAAGCCCACCCAGUCUGGGAAAGCUGAGGAAGCCACUGCCAAGACCCAACUGUAUGUGACCAUCAUUCGGAAAGGCAGUUUCUUCCACCGUGACAUCAGCAGCAACCACACACCUCUGGAGGUCUUUCUCCGGGGAAUCAACGAGCCCCUGGUCAACAACCCUGACCCCAUGGUGGUCAUUGCCAGGGUGGUUCCCAACUACAGUGAUUUUAAGGUCAAUCAAAUGAAGCAGGACCCAGCCUUCGUGGGGCUGCCCAUCACCCCACUCCCCUUCCCAAUCCCGUCUCUUCUGCACUUGGAUGUUCCUCGGGUCAGCCAGAACGGGUGUCCUCAGCUGUCCAAGCCUGGGGGACCCCCGGAGCUGCCCUCAUGGAAUCAGUCCUUCCUCUUCCAAGGCCGAGACGGAGCCACCAACUUCUCGGAAGACACAGCCCUGGUGCUGGAGUUCUACCCCUCGACUUCCAUGAAAGGCAGUGAGCCGUGGACCCUCAGCAAGCCCCUGGGCAUCUCCGUGUUGCCGCUAAAGAACCGUUUGUACCGCAAGAUGCUGACAGGGAAAGGUCUGAAUGGGCUGCACGUGGAGAGGCUCCCCAUCACUGACACCAAGCUGAAAACCAUAAAUGGUGAGGCCCCCACAGUGGAUAUCUCCUUCCAGCUGCUUUCCUCUGAGAAGCCAGAAAACUUCUUGACACCAAACAACAGCAAGGUUCUGCCCAUCCUAGACCCCAAGAUCUUAGAUGAGAAGCUGGGUACCAUCAAUGCGUCCAACACCCUGGUGAGCUCUACAAUGGACUGUAGCACAUCUGCCUCUCAGGAAGCAGAGGAAGAACCUCUGGUGCCCAAGAUAUCCCACGAAAUGGAGGUGAACAACUACCGGCGGGCCAUGCAGAAGAUGGCAGAGGACAUCCUGUCGCUGCGGAAGCAGAUUAGCAUCCUGGAGGCAGAGAACCACACGCUGAGGAGCCGGCUAACCCAGGGCGAGGUGGAAGAGGAGCAGAACGACACCAGCAAGAGCCAGAAUCUGGUGUCCAUGAAGCAGAAACUGCUGCUGAGUGAGCUGGACAUGAAGAAGCUGUGGGACAAAGUGCAGCAUUUGCAGAAUGAGCUGAUUCGAAAGAAUGAUCGAGAGAAGGAGCUACUCCUCCUGCACCAGGCUCAGCAGCCACAGGCCGCGCUGCUGAAGCGGUACCAGGACAAGCUGCGCAAGACAAAACUGCUGGAGGAGACUGUGCGGCACCAGGAGAAGGUGAUCGAGAAGAUGGAGCGGGUGCUGGAGGACAAGCUGCGGGACCGGAAGGAGCCCCUGCUCACCAGGCUGCAGGGAAAGCCCAGCGUGGGCUUCCCUGUGCUCUCAGCCUCUGGCCUUCCCCCGGGCCCCGCAAGAGAGAACCUGCCUGUCGACCUGUACUCGGCGCUGCUGGCAGAAAACUCCAGGCUGCGGGCAGAGCUGGAUAAGAACCGCCACCAGUCGGCCCCCAUCAUCCUGCAGCAGCAGGCCCUGCCGGAUCUCCUUGGCAAUACUUCAGACAAGUUCAACCUUCUGGCCAAGCUGGAACGAGCUCAGAGCCGGAUCCUAUCCCUGGAAAGCCAGUUAGAGGACUCGGCUCGACGCUGGGGACGAGAGAAGCAGGACUUGGCCACAAGGCUGCAGGAGCAAGAGUACGGCUUGGGGCAACCCUCAAACUCCAUCAUCACUGACCUGCCUCACUACUCGGCCCUCUCCAAGGACAGCAGGCGACCCUCAAAGCUGGACCCCUUGAUGCCCAGCUCAGAGACCAAGCUCAACAAACCCUCGAACUCCCAGAAGACCUGAGUCUUAGCAGACCUGAGUGCCGGAGCAGGCCUCCCUGUGUGCCGGGGAGUCUCAUUCCACUCCCCCCAAAUGACUCCAUUAAAUGCUGUAAGUCCGUGA